GGGACAAUAGAGAACAAAGGGCUUGCCCAAAUAAACUUCCUCUUAUAUUAUAACUUAAUCGUUACAAUAGAAAUAUGCAGCAAGACCUUCCCACAAAAUCUUGAAGACAAUGGCGAACGGUAGCGUCACGACGCAGCCGCACACUGCCCAUCCACCACGCAAAGGGCUGUUGAGCCACAUUGCAAUAUUCUUGCUCGGCUUAAUAGUGAUUGUGGGCGUAGCCGUGCUGAUCCUUUGGUUAAUAGUGAAGCCAAAGCGUCUUGUUUACACCAUUGAAGGCGCUUCAAUUCACAACUACAACCUCAGCAACAACAGCCACCUCAACUCCACGUUUGAUUUCACCAUAAGGGCAUAUAACCCCAACGGCAGAGCCUCCAUUUACUACGACAGCAUCGAAGUUUCAGUGGCGUAUGAGAGUCAAAACAUUGCUUUCACCACGCUCGAGCCUUUCCACCAGCCCACCCGGAAUGUGACUCAUCUAGAGGCCAAUCUUGUGGCUCAAAAUAUCGCCAUAUCCAAAUCCAUUUCAAAUGAUUUAAGGCAUGACAAAUCCAACGGACAUGUUGAGUUAGACGUUCGUGUUAAGGCAAAAAUUCGGUUCAAGGUUGGAUUGUGGAAGUCAGAUCAUCGUACCUUGAGAGUUAUAUGUUCUCCAGUGACGGUUCGCUUUUCUUCAUCCAAGAAUUUCGAAAGAACUGACUUUCAAUUUUUAGUUCGGAAGUCUUCAGCGUUGCCCAAUCAAGCUAUGAGAUAUCUGGAGUUUCAUACAAGAAACAUUGAAGGAAAAAGUGUUGACACUAGAGAAUAAAAGGGUCAGCCAAAACAUUCUCUUAUAUCACCUGUUGAUGUAUGAAUUUGAACUAAUGCGAUGAUUACAUGUACCUCUGAGAAUGUCCAUGUCUGCAAGAAACAGAAAGCAAUGAAAUAACAGAGCAAAGGGAAGUUUCUUAA